AUGGCUUCCAGUGGGAGUGGGUCACCUACGACGGGGAAAACGAUCAAAAUAACUUCUGGGCCGCAGCUCACACAAUUAAUCAAGGACAGCACAGUUGUCAUUAUUGACUUCACUGCUGUCUGGUGUGGACCAUGCAAAGCAAUUUCUCCAAUCUACGAGAAGCUGUCUGAGAAGCUCUCGUCACCAGGCAAAAUUGCCUUUGCAAAAUGCGAUGUGGAUGAAAACCAGGAACUAUCGAGGACAUAUGGUAUUACUGCCAUGCCAACCUUCCUCAUCUUCAAAUCAGGCGAAGAAGUAGAACGUGUACAAGGCGCCAACAUCCCAGCCCUAACCAGUGUUGUCAGGAAGCUCGCACAGGAAGCCGAAGCUAUCAACUCUACCGGCUCUGCAUCCGCAACUAAGGGUUUCGCUGCUCCCCCAGCCUCCUCCUCUGGUGGCUCCUCUUCAUGGUCUGGUCGUGCGCUCCCGAAGGGCUACAGCGAUGUCACAGACCAGGUCGAUGUCAAAGGGCUGGACCUCAUGAACGCAAACAUCGAGUUUGGAGGCGCGAGGACUCUAUUUGAAGCCAAAGAGCCUAGCAGGCGAUCUACAGGCAACAAGGGCAAAGGGAAGGACGGUACCGGGGAAGCGGAUUGGGUUGAAUCUGAUACCGAUGAACAGCUUAUGCUGUUCAUCCCGUUCCAAUCAACUGUCAAGAUCCAUACCAUUCAGUUUACCUCAUGCCCACCUAAACCUAAUGAUGAGGAUGAUGAUGAGACCCCAUCUCGCCCCAGGAGGAUAAAUAUCUACUCCAACACACCCAACAUCUUGUCUUUUGACGAUGAAAGGGCCCCAACCCAGGUCAUUGAACUCAAGCCCGAAGAUUGGGAUGAAAAGACUGAGACUGCAAGCGUUACCAUGAGAUUCGUCAAGUUUCAGAAUGUGAGCUCACUCACAAUCUUUUUUGUCGACGUUGAAAGGGAAGGUGCAGAAACGGUUAGAGUCGAUAGAAUCAGAAUCAUUGGCGAAAGCGGUGAGAAGAAGGAUAUGGGCAAGCUCGAGAAGGUUGGAGAUUUGCAGGGCGAAUAG